UUUGUUGUGAAUAUUUCCAGUAACACCAGUUUGGUCAGUUUGGUCAGAGAAAAUAAACAGGAGGAAGGGAUAUGUUUAACUAGAGCUACACGACUCGAUCUAAUAUGUCUCCUCUUUCUCCUGGUUGAGCCAGUCACCUUGGAAGAGUCUGUAGAGGGAUAUGUGGGAGGUGACGCUGCUCUGCCAUGUUCACACGGUGGCCCUGAUGCCCCUGUUACUUUACCCAACCAAAACAUGACAUUUCUGUGGCAUUUUAAAGGUAGCAAGAAUGUGUACAAGUUUAUGAAGGCGAAACCCGUCUUGUUUGACCAAGACAAACAGUUCAUAAACAGGACAAGCCUCUCAGCUCCUCAGAAAGGCGACUUCUCUCUCAAGUUGACAAAUCUGAGUGAGGCUGACAAUGGGAAAUACACAUGCUCUGUUCCUCCUGUUCGAAACGAGUUUCACAAUCAACAUGUACGGCUAACUGUCAAAGAAGCAGAGUCACCUAAGCCCAAGAUAGACCCUGGCAACAGCAGCAGCAUCAUGAUACUACUCCUUUUCAUAGUACUCCUGUUGUUCCUGAUUGAACAAGUCACCCUGGAUGUGUCUUUUGAGGGAUAUGUGGGAGGUGACGUUGUUCUGCCAUGUUCACACGGUGGUGAUACAUUUGUGUGGGAGUUUGAAGGUAGCAAGAAUGUAUACAAGUUUAUUGAGGGGAAACCGGUCACGUCUGGCCAAGAUGAACAGUUCAAAGACAGAGCAACUCUCUCAGCUCCCCAGAAUGGCAACUUCUCUCUCAAGUUGACAAAUCUGAGUUUGGGUGACGGUGGGAGAUACACAUGCUAUGUUCUUCCUGAGUUUUCAAAAGAUGUACUGCUGACUGUCAAAGUGCAACCGACAACUAAGCCCAAGAUAGACCCUGGCAACAGCAGCAUCAAGAUAGGUCCACAGAAAACUGUUUUCAUAUUGAUUGUGAUGUUGAUCCUGUCUAUAUGAAGUUGUAUCUGUCUUGUCCUAUAUAGCUCUCACGAGUCUUCAUGAGUGAAUCAGUAUGAUUUCCAUAAUGCAAUGAAGUCAAGAAGAAAUGUUGUCUCAAUAACAGCUGCCUGCUGCUCAAAUAGAGCCAUCUUAUAUCUCCUCAACUGCCCAAACUGGACACACACACACACACACACACACACACACGCACAGUAUAGUUUUGUGGCAAUCGAGAGAGUGAGAUUACACCAACACCAAUACCACAGAGACAUGUAAAUAUAAAUAAAAAGCUAACUUAACAUCCACACAGCCAAAAAAAAAACCCACCACCCCACACAUACUAAUCCCCCCCCUCCCCCCCCCCCCCCCCCCCCCACACACACACACACACACAUACACUUACUAUCUUUAUUAGGAUCACAGAAUAUUUUCUCUGCCAUCAUCAGUAUCAAACCUUUUCUAAAACACAUUAAAGUCUUUCACUCUCUCUUGUUCAUUACACACAUUGAGUUCACUUUCCCCCUGUUCAGGUUAGAUGAAGAUAUUAUGACUGAAUAUGCGUUUGCACUGUUUUGUUGUGUUUGCUUCAUUGUUGAAAUAUGAAUUUAUUAUUAUGUUGAGUUACUGCUUUUAUUUAUUCCUUGUCCCUCUGUAUCUCCUCUGUGUCACUCUACAUGUAUAUUCAUUUCACCAUCACUCACACUCUGAAUGACCAUUUAAUUUCUGAUAUGAUCAGAGAUUACUGUGUGCCUUAGGUACAGUUAGGCCUUAAUAACCAAGUUGUUACAGGAUAAAGUUGUUACAGGAUAAAAUUGUUACAUGUGUGGUCAGACCAUUGGCGCUUCAUUUAUGGAGAGUAAUAUCAAAUAUGCUAUAAAGAUGUUCAAAGUUACAGUUGUUAUUGGAAAUCUGUAAAGAAAGAAAAUGAAGUAUGAAAAUGAAUAAAAGGACAUUGUUGUCUUACCGUGUAGCACUAGUUAAACAUACCCCUUCUUCCAAUGUUAAUUUGAGUUGAGCCAAGUUGUUGCAUUUGGAGUGCAACAUAGGGCUUACAUUUGCAGUGCCUUACUAGUAUCACUGAAAUAAACA